AGCUAAAAAUGAAAUCUGUGCUGGUCUUUGUUCUGGUAGUGGUAGCGUGCGUCCAAGCGGUUUAUAUUCAUCUUGGGAAAGGUCAGAAAAAGUGUUUUUAUCAUGAUUCUCCACCUGGGGUUCUUUUGAUUGUAAGGUACUCAUUCCUGGACCAAAUCCUCUUCUCAGACACCAAAGAAGGGAUUGUCUCAAGUAUUUACGAAGCAGUGAGUCCAAGAGACAUUGACAAAAUGAUACUGAACUCUGAUUCUAUAAUAACACACAGAGUUCAUACAAUAAACGAAGGGAUCAAGAAGAUCUGAGUCGAGCCUACUUACAAUUUCUUCAACAUGUAUGCUGGCUCACUCCUAGAUGAUUUUAUUCGACUCCAAAUAGAGAUUCUUGAUGAAACAAAAGUUGAUGAGAAGCUGGCCAAAGCUAUAGAUAGGGACCAACUGCAUGCAUCGCGGGAGCAGAUACUCAGCUUAAUAACUCACACCAGCAACAUCCUUAAAGAACAAGAAUAUGAGAAAAUCAAAGCUGAAAUAGGAGAAGAGAAGCUUAAACAACUGGAUAGAAGGAUUUUAUGGUUGACUAUUCUCCAGAUUAUUGUCAUCAUAGCGUCUGCUGGCUUCUUACUCAAGAUUAUUAGAGAUUAUAUCGCUAAGUAA